AUACAGAACUUGUGGCUAGAAAUGAAACCUAGUUCUGACGUGGAAUCGAACUUUUUUGGUUUAAACAGAUCAGAUCAUAAUCUUAUUGGACGAACUCAAUUUACAAUUCACGUCAAAACCAAAAUACUAACACGCUCUCACAAACAAAUCUCCCGCAGAGAGUCACAACCACUAAAUGCAAGAAACUAGAGAUUCUACGAUCAGCCUCUUCGGCCACAAAAUUCCCCUGUCCGCCGGCGACAGAGACGGUGGUGAAGGUUAUGAAGGGGAACAAGAACUACAUGAAGAAAAAUAUCAAACACACGAGGAUCCAGAAGCUGAAAAUGUCACCGAGAGAGUGCAAGAAACUUAUCCUCCUUCAAAUCUAGAAGAGGCUGAGAAUUCAGGCAAUUCAUCACCUGAGGGUAUCACAAACCUGAAAACACCUUCCAUAGAAGAAGAGAUUGCAAAAUCAAAAGAUGACAAGUCGGAGAAGGAACAAUCACAAGAGAAAACACUGAAGAAGCCCGAUAAAUUGCUACCAUGUCCUCGAUGCAAUAGCAUGGACACUAAAUUCUGUUACUACAACAACUACAAUGUCAACCAGCCACGUUAUUUCUGCAGAGCCUGUCAAAGAUACUGGACUGCAGGUGGCGCCACGAGGAAUGUUCCAGUUGGGGCAGGACGGCGAAAGAAUAAGAACUCUGCCUCACAUUAUAACCACAUAACUAUCUCUGAGGCUCUUCAAGAAGCUACAAUAGAUUCUCCUAAUGGAACGCAUAUUCACAGUUUGAAAAGCAAUGGUAGAGUCAUCAGCUUUGGAUCAGAUGCACCUAUUUGUGACUCCAUGGCAUCUGUCCAAAACACUGGAGAGAAAAAGGUUGUUGAUGGUACAAGAAAUAGAUUUCAUGGCUUAGAGGAUCAAAGUUUACAUGGAGAAAAUGGUGAUGAGUACUCAAGUGUAUCAAAUUCAAUGGGAGAAAGUAACAAGAGUACUACUAGUACCUUCCCACAACCUGUGCUCCAAAACAAUGGUUUCCUUCCUCAACUUCCAUGCAUGCCUAAUGUUCCAUGGCCUUAUACUUGGAACUCUCCAGUUCCACCACCUCAUGGUUUGUGUCCUUUAGGAUUUUCCUUUCCAAUCUAUCAACCGACGUUUUGGAACGUCCCAUGGUUUCCCUCGCAUUCCUAUGCUUCUUCAUCGAUGUCUCCAAGCUCCGGUCCCAAUUCUCCAACUUUGGGGAAGCAUUCAAGGGACAGUGAACAAGACUCUUCUCACAAAGAACCAUCGAAGCAUAGAAAUGGACGUGUUUUGGUUCCCAAAACUUUGAGAAUUGAUGACCCAAGCGAAGCUGCUAAGAGUUCUAUAUGGACAACUCUAGGAAUUAAGAAUGAAUCAGCAAGUAGGGGAGGUAUGUUUAAGGCCUUCCAAUCAAAGAGGGGUGAAAGGAAUGGCAUUGAAACAUCUUCUGUGUUGAUGGCUAAUCCUGCAGCAUUAUCUAGAUCCCUUAAUUUUCAUGAAAACUUUUGAAUUAGACAAGACACCAGUGUUGAUAGCAGGAUUAGUUAGACUGGUUAAUUAACUCGUGUCAAGUUAGCAAGAGACAAUGACCAUUUGAUUGGUUUCAUUGACCAUGUACAUAUAUAAAAUAUAUAUGUGAAAUACUAGUGUUAUGUGUAAAACUAGAUAUAGGUUGUAGAUGUUUUUGUACUAUGUGGAAAAAUGAAUAAUCAAUCCUCUCUUUGAGUAGUUUCCUA